CCUCCGAAGGGAUGAUAUCGUGACCGUCGGUUACUGCGUGCGUGUGUCAUUCUCGUUAUGGAACAACUCUUUUAAGCAGCUCUCACCAUUUAGUAUCAUACAAAUCAAUCAAUCAAACGACGGUGUGAGAGUAGUAUUCGCUUUGUGUGUGCGAAAGUGUUUACAAAGACGCUCCCCGCCCGUGUAUGUGUGUGUGUUUAUGUGUCUUCACUAUUGUUCAAGAAGACUGAUUAAUUGUUAGAAUAUCGAUAGUGAAAUAGUUCCGCGCCCCCUUUCCCCCCUGCUCCGAUGCUUAGGGUAGUUUUGUAAGCUAAACAACUUGGUGAUUAUUAUCGGUUAUGGCUGCGUACGGCACAAUGCAGUGGCGAGCGAGAGAGUGUAUUAUUAUGUUAUGUGGGCAAAGCUUCCUGCGAUAGAAAUUUUCUGCUCGGUGAUUUUGAUAUUUUCCCGCGUGUGUCCGUGUGUGUAUGUUUUUAUGCUGCUGCUGCCCUCUGCAACAUAUCAGCCUCCUCUCUAUGUCUACUACUAUUAUAUAAGAAGGGAAUGCGAGAAGAGGAAAGAGUGUAUUUCCUGAGGGAAAUCAUCAACGGUGCGCGCGCGAGAGCAAGCGAGAGAUUGUGAACCAAGAGUGUGCGUGCGCGGCGGCGGUGGCCUGUGGCAGGGUGGUAUCAUAGGACGCGAAGGGCACAGAUCGGAGUGCGCCCGCGUUUUCCGUGGUGUUUGUGGAAUUAUCGCACUGCCCGCUUCCUUUUUGCGCCCCAGGGGUUCACGUGUGGCCCGCUGUGUUCGUGUGGUGUGCCUGUGCACCAGGAAGCAUACGUGCGCACGGGUGCCCGUAUGUGUACGUGUGCAUCCGUCGCCAGCCUGGAGAGGAGUCCAGGAAAAGAGAAGCAGAAAAAAGAAGCACCACCGAGCAGGAAGAAAAUUUUAUGUUGGCUCUGGUAUUAGCAUUAAAAAUAUGUUUUUUCCAUCGGGGUAAAGUCUCGGCCCAUUCGGUUCGAAUUUGAAGGUUUCUCGGAAAGAUAUCCGCGCGAAGUGCGCUGGUUGCCUCGUUCUCUUGGCACAACUGCGAAAACGGAUCCCAUUUCCGGCGGGCGGUUUGUCUCUCGAAUAUCAGCGGAAGCAAGGCGCGAUUGCAGUGCGUGUAUAGUAUUCGUGGAAAAGUGCCAUUUCCGAGAAAUAAUCGAAGAGUUAGCCCGCACAGGCUGCCACUAGGAUUACCGAGAAAGCGAUAAAAAGAAGAAGAAAAUCGAGUGAAAACUGAAUUUAAUACAACUUUAGUGUGUGCGAUUCUUGGAUCCGAUCAACCAUCCCAAAUAUCAAUUGUCCACCCCCUUUCCUUACAAUGGAUUAUUUGCGGAAGCUGUGAGACAUAACCAAACAUCCAAACGAAAGCUUCCUUCGCAGCACGAUCUGCUCUGCAGUAGCACAAAAGAACCACCAACCAUCAAGCAACCCAACCACAUCAAUUGCGUGGGCAGCCUCAGCAUCUAGUUCUCACUGUUUUUCAAUCUCGAUCAAGUUCUAAAUCUCUCACCUCUCUAAAUUUAGCCGUCGUUUGCGAAGAGAUCGACGCGGACGCUGGACUAUGUGCAAAGGUAAGAUCAAAGGACCAAACAACCGGUUCACUUCUGCUUCAUUGCUGUGACCAAACACACGAUUGCCCGAGACAAAGCAAAAUCGUCGACAGUCUCGAAAAAAUUGUGCCUCCGAGACGAAUCGAUCAUUGACCGCCGCCACAGCAUCAUCUCGCCAGGCUGCGGCUGCGACUUCUGCAGUGGCCCAAAAAAAACUCGCCGGAUCUCUGUUUUGGUGGGCCGCCGCCGCCGGCGAAAACAACUUCGCUUCAGUCGUGUACUGACGACGCUGAGUUGCAUCAACGAUCCCCGCGCAGCGCAUCCGCAACUUUACACCUCAGGAAAGCUCCAGCAAUGAAUUGUGGUGUUGUGGUGGCGUAAAGCGAGACUGCAACGGAAGGUUCUAGGCGGAAGCGCGCGCCACAUUCUUCAACCUCGACGCCGAAGCCGUCGAAGCAGCUUCCAUGAGUACCAAAAUGGCACCACACACACAAGCAACCAACUUGUCAAUAAAACAGCAAUACCAGCCCCACCAAUGGCCGUGGAACACCAGCAACAACAAUGCCAAUGCCACCAAUAGCAAUAGUACAGCCCAAAACAACAAUAGCAACAACACAGCCACUAGUAAUAAUAGCAACAACAGCCAGAACAACAGUUCAUCCUCAGUCAAUGCGAUGAGUUUGACGCAACAGCAGCAACAAUCACAAACGGGCCAGCAACAGAACACUGCCUUGGCUGCGGCUGUCGCAGCCGCUUCCGUAUCAGUCACUCCGAUCAACAAGCUGAAACGGCUACAAUCGGCGGCGGUACAGUCGGAGGUCUGUGGAACCAGCAGAAGCAAUAACACUGCCGUGGCAGUCGCCACCACUACCACAAACACCAUACCCUGCAGCAGUAAUGCCAACGGUGCCAAAAGGAUACGUUCGAACAGCGUGGAGAAAGUCAACAAAUCGGUUGGAACGAACACCACAGGCCUCAGCGGUCCACCCGGUCUAGUUGCGGUCGGAUCGGCGUUGAAUGGUGGUAGUGUAGGUGUAGCGACUUCGGCAGCCAAUAAAAAGUUCACCCAGAUGGCCAUCGUUACCGCCAGCAACAUCAACCAUCAUCAGCAGCAGCAGCACCAGCAAAUCCAUACGGCUGCUGGAACGACGACGACCAUCACGAGAAAUACGAAAAACUUCACUGCCAACGGAAACAGCGACCUUGCGAGCGCUAACAAAAUAACAGGUUACUUCAAGUCCCAAAUGAAAACCACGAACACUUUUAAUAAUCUAAAGAAAAAUAUUAAAACUAUAGCGGGACGAGCCACGACCCUGAAGACGACCACGGCUUCCUCGACGACGACAGCGAUGGCGGAAGCGGAAGCGGAAAUCACGACCACCACCGAACUGAUGACAACCACAUCGACGGUGCUGCAGCAGAAGAGCAUCAUCAAGACCAGUGCCGGCCCGAUAAAGGGUACCAACGCGAGUCUGGAGAAAUAUCUCAACCUUCUCCAGCAGCAGCAGCUGGUUAAGAAAACGGACCUCGAUGUAAGGACCCUCACCACCACGAUAAGCCCAUCGACAUCACUGAAGAAAGUGGAACGCAAGACGGCGCGAAUAGCGCCGACCGUUUCACUUACCCGCAAAAUCAGUCACACUAGCCAGGGCGUUAUCGGGGUGGGACAGCCCAAAAAACCCGUAACCAUUGCUCCUCGAACAGCGGACAACAGCAUAGGUUUGAGUUUUAACCAACAACUGGUUUCCAACUCUGCGAAUGGCGUUCCAAACAACGGUCAGAACAAGUCACAGCAGGAGCAAAUUUUGAAAGCUCAACAGCCUACUGUGUUGCUGACAGCGAUUCGAAUUCCUCAACAGCAACAACAACAGCAGCAGCAGACGCAGUCGCAGCAAUCUAGCCAAAUUGUACAGUCGCAACAGUCUGCCGCCACUCAGGCCCAACUACAAGCCCAACAGGCGUUCAAACAAGUGGUCCAGCAACAGCCCCAAAUCAGUAGUCCUCCUCGAACGCCCACAAAGUUGGGGUCCACUGUGUUCCAGUUUCACCCACAAGCCACAGCCGUCAUGCCAAAUUUGGUCCAGAUACCUAACCUUGUCCCAACGCAACCCAUUUCCUCGGCCCCCAAAAUAAGCGCAUCAGCUGCCAACAGUGUUACCUCGACCACCAGCAGCCCUUCGGCAGCAACAAGCCUCCUCAUGAGCAAUGCAACCCACGGAUUGACAGCAACCCGGUUGAACAACGGAACAACGCAGCUAUUCAUGAAUGGGGCAGUCAUCAAGCUGCACCAAAUCCAGCAACAACAACAGCAACAGCAACAAGCAACGGUGUCAUCCGCACAGCAGACCCCAACCUCCCAGCAGAGUCUGUCAAUGGAAACCGCAGUUAACAUGAGUCUUAACGGGCUUCUAUCAAAGCCACCCGGUCUGUCAAGCGCAGUCGCCCUGUCAGCAUCCUCGUCUGUCAACCCGAAUCAACAACAAACGCUGCAAAGUAAGACAUAUGCACUGCACGCGCAGCAGCCGACUCAGCUGUUCCAGCAGACAAACACUGCCACGGCCACUGCCUUUGCACCCCAACAGCUUUUCAUGACCCCUACCGGAGGAAUUCUUCUCAACGCAGCCGCUCUGCCAACGAUGCUAACAUCCGGAUUGACCGCAGCGAGUCUCCAGCAGGCACUCAACCAGGCUGCCCAAGCCAACAUACCGGCGCUUCAUCCGAUUCAACCCAGCCAACCUCAAUCAACGCAGUUACCAAAUAUCACCGCAAUUAUCCAGCAGCAGCAGCAACAACAACAGCAGCAGCAGUCGCAAUCUUCUCAGCCACAGCCAAACUAUCAUCAAUUACUGGCCAAUAUCCCCCAAGCGGUUCUCCAGAAUCUGCAAGCCUCUGCCAAACUCGGCCAAGGGCCUCAUUUCGUUCCUAUCUCAUCCCACCUAUUCCUCAACCAAACAACGCCUACCACCUUCACCAGUAACUCUUCGUCCGGCUCCUUAACCACCCCGAUAACGAUCUCCACUUCGUCCAUCUGCUCUGGACCCACAACGAUAGCGCAGCCGCUCUCUCCGCCACCGUUGGUUGCCACCGUUCCCACAUUUACCACCACCCACAAACCCAUCAUGAACACGUUGAACAGUCAGAAGAUCAUCGCCAUCGCCUCGACCAGCACAACAACGUCAGCCUCUGCCAAACCACCGCAGCCGCAGGUCAUCAAACCCAUCUCCAGCACCGAACCACCGAAACUGGUCCCGGUGCAAAUGGGCAAACCGUCGAUCUCGAUCACUCCCGUGAUGUCGUCGAGCCAUCCACCAAAGCUGGUUGCCCCGUCGGCUCCGGUUCCGAAGCUAGUGCUAUCCGCAUCGGUCGCAACCAAAGCCACCCAAGCUACCGUUCCCCUCAAGGAGAUCUCGAAACCAAAUCUAUCGCUGUCACAGCUGACGUCGUUGGCUCCAGCUCCUCCGCCGAUCGCUCCGAUUACCAUCCCAUCGCCAGCGACAUUGGUCUCCUCGCGGGCGCUCGAGAACAAUUCACCACCGGCGCUGAAUCCACUCUCGUUGGACUGUGGUAGCAGCAAUGACAGUGGUAUUGUUGCCAACUCCAGCGACACCGAGGACAAGUCGCUAACCAUUGAUCUCUGCUCGCCCACAACUCCGGACUCUCCACCCCAGAAGAGACCAGCAGAAGUGGAAGAAGAAGACGAAUGUCGUGAUCAGGCCACCCUCUCUCCAUCAUCAAUGCCCGAAUUGGUGGAACAAUGUCCCAAGAGUGACGAACCGAUGGAACAGGACGACCAUGGAGAUCAGGCAGAAACCGAACCCGAACCUGAAGAAGCUACCGCGCUGGACGUUUCACCCGCCGCUCUGCCGCCCCCUCCUCAGCCCUCACCACCACCACUGUUUCUGCUAACCAUGGCAAUGGACAGUGCGGACAGUGCCAAUCUACCUCCCAGCCAAAAAUCUCCCAAGAGCUUGAUCCUCGAGCAGAUCAAGCUGAAACUGCCGGAGCAACCAGACGUCCAGCCACAGGAAUCGAUGUCCUCCGAUCAGGAUCUAACCAGCAGCCAGAGCCCCCUGGACGAGCAGCAGCCCCCCUCGACGGCUCCCUCCGAGUCGCAUCGAUCCACCACCCCGGCGGAUCUUUCCCCGCCGAGCAUCGAUACGGACUUCCUGAACUUACCCGCACACUUGGCCGAAUGUGCCAAGAGUCCAAUCCUCUCGCAGCCGAAGACGAUCCGCUUUCCGGCUCUAAACGGGGCGCAUCACAAUUUCGGCCGCAAAGGCUUCCGUCGGCUGUCGGAUGGGCGGCUGUUUGGGGUUUGCUACUGGAGCAACUGUGACGCCCAGUUCGAUAGCAGCUCGAAGCUGCUGGAUCAUCUGCAGAUUCAACACGUCAACAGCCAGACCGGGCCGUUCGCUUGCCUGUGGGAUGGCUGCAAGGUGCACAACAAGGAGUCCUGCAGCAGACGGUGGCUCGAGCGGCACGUUCUCUCGCACGGUGGCUCCAAGCCACACAAAUGCAUCGUAGCAGGUUGCGGAAUGCGGUUCGGGUCGCAGUUGGCCCUCGAGAAGCACGUCAACAAUCACUUCAGCAGCACGGACAACGUCAGUGGGAACAAGCGAUCGUCAGAUCCGCCGCUGCCGAAACUUUUGCGCAAGAGUGGCAAAAAGUUGCGCUACCGCCGUCAACCGUGGUCAGCCCGCCGUUUCGAUUUCUUCGACAUUGGAGUAAUGGAAGGACUGCAGCAUAGACUGAUUUUAGCAGGCAGUGUUGCCAGCGCUCGCCGGGGAACAGUGACAUUCCGUGGACAGGCCGCAGGACGGCGUGUUACCAGCGCUGGGACGGAGGUGUACGUGAGGUGGCUUCCAGCGGAUAUCAUUUCCGACGACUGGAUACCGGAAGCGGAAGCGAUUUCCCUCACGAAAGAGAUCUCAUUACACGAGCUCAAUCCAGACCAACGGUUCGAGCUGGAGGCCCACCUGAAAACCAAUCGGAAAGAAAACGCAGAGCUGCUUCUGUGUCUGCGUGAGCUCAACCUGAAACUGCAAGCGGAUGCCACUGCUUGCAGCAUCAGUAGCCGCGGCGGCGGUGGCGGCGGCUGCAGCAGCAGUAGUAGUAGUAGUUCCAGAAGUUCAUCCAGUGGAUGCAGCAGCGCCGGAAGUUCUCUCAGCACACCCAUUCCGUUCAAUUCACGAACGGAGCCGAAGAAGCUGAGAAAGCCUCUCAAGGAACCUUACUCAUCAUCAUCCUCAAAGCUCUCGUCGGUGCUCUCGUCAUCGUCCUCAUCGCUGCUCUCGAGUGGCAGUAGCUCGAGCGGCAGCAGCAGCUGCAGUAGUAGUACCACGUCCUCUUCAUCCUGACCUACACCGAUGUCAGCCCAGCCUUCAUCAGCCCUGCAGAUGAUGCUCUCGGGAUCACUGGCGCAGAAACGCAUGCGCAAGGCACUCAACUGUAUCCGCCGGCGCGAAACCACUAAACUUCUGACCGAUUAAUUCGAAACUAGGUUGUAAGCCGAAAAUUUCCACCUUUUAGCUGUGUAGAGUGUAAUAAUAAUUCUGCCCCUCCUCUCGACGGUUUCGGAUUCGAUAUCCUCGUCCCCCCAAUCGACGCACAACACGAAAAGUCACCCUGGCAGGUAACGAACGGUUGAUCGGUUGAAACCGGGAACAAUACACCAAAAGCGAGAGCGAGCGAGCUGUGAGAAAAAAAAACCGAUUGUACAUAGGAACGAUGAUAAGUGUGGGUGUCUUUGUCUGUAGAGUAAAAUUAUUUCAAGUAAGCGAACAAACAAAACCACGAAACUGCCGCCAUCAAUGAUUUCGACCCUCGAUCCGCAUUCAGAAGGCUUAGCGCUUGCGAAACACCUGUGCGGAAGGGGUUGUCUCCGUAUUUCUUUUAGGUGCAUUUAAAAAAAAAAAGUUAGUCCAUGAAGACGCGAGACGCGGGAAAUACACGCACACUCACAAAUAAGGGUCGUGGCGAAAUGUAAGGAUAUUUAAAUAUUUAGUUUAACUUAGAUCUAUUUUUCUUAGAGGAAGCGUAAAGUGUUUUUGUGUAAGCUUAAGGUGCGCGCAUUUUUUAUACAUAAUAUCAUAUGUGAGAGUAUGUGGUAAAACAGUUUUUAGACUAAUUUUUUACGUCCUUCGCCCGCGCGCGUUAGGGGCGAAACGAUAGGUUUAAUUUAAAUGGAAAAAAAAGACUUUUAAGCAAUUUAGAAGUGAGCAAAAAUUCGUUGAUCUCAGAGUAAGUGAAAAAAAAAGGAAAACUACACGAUAAUCACUUUAUCGGAUGAUGAUGUGCUAAGUUCGGAUAAGUCAGAGUUUAUGGGAGAAUGAGACAGGCACAUGAUGAUGAUUAGACAAUUUCCAAAUUCUAGCUUGUAGCUGCUGCUGCUGUUGAGUCGUUCUUUUCUAAUAAGUAUUGGUCGGGAGCAUGAUGCAUCAUCCGUUUUCUCGUGAUAGCGCGCUGGCUGAUGAUUGGCUGCAUAAUCGGAGAAAGUCAAUGUGUCGCAUUUUUAACAACUUUUAGCUGGAUGUUCCGUUUUUCCGAACGCUAGUGUCUUCGCCCUUAUGGUAUUGCUUGAUGAACGACGCUACUUCCGGCAGGCACUUCGUACUAUAAAUUUCCCCGUUCAAGGCCAGUCCGGAGCUAAAGAAGAGCGGCUUCGACAUCUCCUUCUCGCUGAUUGUCAACCACAGCAGAACCUUCUUGGGGAACUUGGUGUGUGAAAUAAACUUCAUUUCGGAGCUCACUUGCUUCGUGGGAGAAGUAAAAUACGAAGUGCCUAGGUUCUCGUCGUCCAUCACCACCGCCACGUUGCCAUUCGCCGGGAAAAUCGGCUUGAUCGUCUUAUUCACCCGCUGCCGCUGCGUCAUUGCCUGGAGCUUCGAGACCAGUGAACGGAACUUCCGCUUCCUGACAUGUAUGUCCAUGUUCGCAAGGUCCUUUUUCACUGUUUGGCCGGUUGCACCGACCUCCCGGCCAAGCGCACGCAGUGAUGUAGCCACUUUUCCCUCGAUUUUUCUCUUCAGCAUCGUUUGGAGCUUCUUGUCGCUCAGGGUCGUUGGCCGUCCGGAAUCGGCAUUUCUUCCGAUGCUCUGAUUGUUGUACAAAAGUGCCAAGAUGUUGUAGAUGCCGGAACGGACGUAUCCGGCGUUCACAAAGUGACACACCCAUAAACCCAUGAAAAAUCGGCCAUUUUUGUCCAAUUUUUGAAAUGCAAACGUUAAUGUUGUGCCGUGGAUCUUUUCGUACCACCUGUACGAAUCACUCUAGGCGAUUUACCAAACUGAGUCUGCAUCAUAUUGAUAUAUUCUACUAUCUUCUCAGAAGGACUUGGGAAUUUCGUGGAACCCAACACCGCUGCAGGGAUCAUCUCUCCAUCGGCCAGGCCAGUACUCGUGAUUGUGUCGGACCGGAAUCGAUGCGUUGCUGGUCAUAUGAGGGCCCUGAGUCGAGGAACCACAACGUAGAACCACAUUCCGGUACAGGUCCAGCCGUCAAACAUACCUCAUCCGCUUCUUGUUUAUCUCCUGCAACAACUACAGGGUAUUUCAAAUUAAACGCUCACGCAACAAAUUUAAUUAACUUCUGCAAAAGUGAACCGAUUUUUAUUAAAAAAAACCAAAAUAAAGCUUAUUUCAGGACAUUUUCGAUGUGAUCACUCCUUUUUUCGAUAACGCGUUUUAAACGGCGAACAAAAUUCUUCAUGCACAACUUCACGUACCUCCAGAGGUAGUAAUCGACGACGAGAAAUGUUGAAAUUCUUACCAUAAGAGGACAAAGUUUCAUUAAGGCUUCGAUUGCUCGAGUGAUACGAUUUCACUAAAAAUACACGUUGUUGUAAAUUGUACAUCUUGACACUAAAACCCAUCCGGUCAGACUGAACGAGUAGCCGAAUAUUAUCGUCCCGAAGUGGCGAAUGCAGUGUUACCAUCGAUGAAGCGAAAAAAAAAUUAUAUGGAGCUAUUUGAUUUUUUUUUUGCGUGAGCGUUUAAUCUGAAAGACCCUGUUAGUGCGCGUUCUGAUUAGAAGAUUUGCUCGUAACUCAAUUUUCCUCCGUCGUCUUUUUCGCUUGUCGAUCGUCUUCCAGCUUUCGGCAUUCGCUCCGGAAAUGCCCUUCUUUGCCACAAUAGUGGUAGACCUUUUCCUUAUUCUUCCCGGGUUGUUUUGGCUUUGCUCCAAUCUUGAAUGUAUGUAUCUCCGCAUCUGCGCAUGAGCUUUCUUGUUCUACGCGCUUCCCUUUAACGAACUCCAAGUUCAAGUGGUUCUCUGGUCGACUUUCCAAGGCGGUUAUCAACCCAUCGUAUGACUCGUGCAGACUGGAUAAAAUAAUUGCCACCAGCCAAUAGUUCUUCCGUGGAUCGCCCCCACUCGAAAGACGAUUCGAGAGCCGAAUGAUUUUGGCGAUAUAUUUCCGUGUUCCGGCAGCUGCAGUCGGAUAAGUUUCCGCAAGACAUGAAUAUUCGAUGAGUGCGUCGAACGAGCGUGAUGUUUCGACAACGCCUUCAACAUUUCGCGUGCUUUUGUUGAACGGAUGAAGCGGCAAGAUGGGCCAUCCUCAAUGGACAACCCGAUCAGAGUGUGCGCCUUACCGUCGUUUGGUAACCAGGCAGCAUCAGGCUCAGCCUUCUUAACAAUGUCCUUCAAUCCAAAAGGUCAACACGAAAUUUCCAGAUUUAAUAAUUAAAACAGUUCAGCUACUGCAGAUCCGCCCUUUUCCUCUUGCAACCAGUCGAGGAAAAAAUUCACGCGGUUUUAUCAUUUUUACGAACAUGAAUACAACGCGAUUUCCACCGACGAGUAUAUUAUAAAAACUCUUGAAUCUAAAAUUCGUUAUUUCACACAGCUAUUAAUUUUCUACAUUAUUACUACUCAUACGAAUACCACGAAUACGAUUAUAAUGUUACACUUCAAAUCAAUAAAACUGAAGUGUAGACAACCCGAAAGCAUUCUGAACGAAAAAUUUACAAAAUCGUGUCUUCUAAGUUUUUUUUUUGGGUUUCGCUUACUAAAUACGCCUAUGUUGUAUGUCUUGAACAAUUCCAUCAUUCCAUUCAAGAACUGAUUCUUACUGCGUCUGAUGUCUAGAACUCGAGUGCUGUCCGAUUUCUUGAAUUGCAUCAAAACAAACGCUCCAGCGAUGUUGCAAUACGAUUUAAGAUGGAAUCUUCAAAUACCAUUUCCGAAUUUUUCGUAGCUUGAGUCAAAUUUGUCUUUAUUCCUACAAUAGUUUGGAUGUCUUCUCGCGGGAUUACGACAUUCCUCUUUUCAGCAAUCAUGUUCCUUCAUGAUCAAAUAUUAUUCCGUCGCUGGUUAUAGGUUUUAUUGAGCGAGCAUUGAUUAUAAUUGUCAUUGUCGUCGCUAUUGUAUGUGCAAAUUUGUACCUGACCUUGUUAACACUCUUUUGUGGCUUCAGGUUGCUCGUGGAUAGUUACUGUUUUAUAAUGUUGAUUCAUUGAUGAUUCUAAAGCGUAAAUAUCUUCAACUGACUUAAAGAUGUUUACUUUCAUCGGUGUUUCGUCAUACGAUAAUGCAUGGUCCAUUCCUGUGGGCUUCCUAUUCUGCCCAUGUUUGUAUAGGAUACGUAAACGACAAAAUGAACAAAAUCGACCUUUUCGCUGUUACGCAUUCUACACAAUCACCCCAAUUCUGUAUCUCGAUCGAUUCGAAAUAUUUCAAACGACUUGAUAAAAUUCCAUUCUGUAUUCCGUUCGAAUUGUUUUUGCAUUUCGUUCGAUCUGUUUCUCUUCAAACAUUAAAUGGGCAAAACGUUCGAAAUAUGGAAUGCGAAAUUAGAACUCGAACGAAAUAACGGUUUCAAACGAAUCCGUCGGAAAACAGAAUGGGGAUGAAAGUAAUACGUAUGCUGAACAUGCGAACAAACAUUUGAGCAAUUUUGAAAAAACGCACUGCGAUGAACGUAGAGAAGCAAUUUUUUUGUGUUGUAACUACUUCAAUUUCUGCAUUUGAAUUUUCAGGUAGAUAAUGAAACAAUCAAAUCAGUAGUAAAAUAUAUAUAAUACUAGCUGACCCUGCAAACUUCGUCCCGCCCACAAUUUAUUUUUCGUUAUCACAUUCACUUUAUUCUUACUAAGCGCACGUUCAUGGGUCCAAUCGCAGAAUUUCAUUGAUUGAUCUUCUGACCGACCCCUUAAAAUUACCUUUUACUUUGAAAUUCCUAGCACUUCUACCAAAACACGUCAUUAUAAUAUCAGAUUAUUUUCAGACACAAUUCUUGUUCAAGAAUGUUCAACCACUUGCAAAUAACAUAUUUCUUAAGAAAUAGACAGCCCUAAAUCGGACAAUUCCUUUCUCAAGUUUUGCUUUUAUCAACACAUUCGGCGAUCCAUUUUUAUUUAUAUAGAUAGAAGCCGAUAUAGGAGUGCGUUUUAUCACAUUAAAAUCCAUUUCCACUUUCGAAAAAAGAUCAGGUCCGUUAGCGCAAAUAUCAAAUGGACUAACAAUGCUUGUCACUAUGAAAUUGUAGAACAUAUGGGAAUUGAUUCGCAAAUUUUCCCAUUUCCUUCAGAGUUUUCCGAAAAUUUUCAAUUGUCAUGUUUGGUUGGAAUGUUUGAUUGAAAUAUGCGUAUUAUUUCUAUAGGAACCAACCCCCCGCACAAAACCUCCCCCCCCCCCCUAACUUCAGAGGAGGAACUCUCUCAACAAAGGAUGGCAGCUAAGCUAAUCUAGACUGGCAAUAUUAUCAGAAAGGGCUUCUGAUGAGAAGAGCGCAAAACGGAGAUAAGUGUGUAUAUUUAGUUGGAUAUUUGUGUGCGUACGUGCGUGCUUCAUAACCCGUACGUAAAAAUAGUGCAUCUUCGCUACGCUGAAAACCCCAUGUGUAUCUGCUGCCGUGUGAAGUGGCCCUGUAACGAUGCAACAAUCGCCUAUUUUUUUUAAUGCUAUGAUUAACGAUUGUUUUGUGUUGCAAAUUAUGCAGUCGUAAUGAUAAAUAUAAACAAGGAGGGGAGAUAGCGGAAGGGAAAUAUUUACGCUAGAGUAUUAGUAAUGAAUCUCUGCUGAGGCAAAUAUUCAGUUUUUUUCCAAGGCGUUUGUUUGUUUUCUGUCAUCAAUGUAUUGAACUGACGCUAUGAUGAAGCAGGUGUUAAGGUUGUGCAUCAAAAAAUUAUUUGGGGAAUACCAAGUUAUUCAAUAAGUUAUAUUAAGUUAUUAAUUUAUUUGGAUUCGCGUGCCAGUCGCAAAACUGCUUUCAACUAGGAUUGCAUUUGCGCUAAUCUUGAUCAUAAUGAAGCAGUGCUACUCUUUUCGAGGUUGUUGAGAUUAACAGAUAGAGUUUUUUUGUUUAUUUAGUCACCAAAAAGUAAAUGUCGUUUUGGAAUUAUGUAUGUAAUUUGGUUUCGCUUGCCAGUAGCAACUAACUUUCUCCACUAAGGAUGACAGCUGCGCUUAUCUCGAGCAUGGGUUGUUCUGCGGGCAUAAGAACGAAUCAUCAAACAUUUAUCGUCAAAUGAUUUUACAAUAGAAACACAUUUCAGGGCGACCGAACCGGUAGAAUGGUUAUUUCAAGAUUUUCGUAGCAUUAUAAAAUAAUAUCCGCAGUUAUAAACAAGCGACUUGAAUUAAACCAUAGCGUAGAUCUACAUCAACAAUGCGGCCGUGUCUUGAACACUUUUUCGAACGUAAAUUAUAAACGAAUUGAAAUAUUUACAUUGAACGGACUAAAUCAGAACACAUUGAACGAUGACGGAGUUACACUGCUGUUUUGGUAUUGUUUUUCUUGUGCGGCUAACGUAUCUACGGGUGACAGCUUAGCUACUCAGCAAUUUUGGUGCCAAUAGCGAUCGUUAGGGAUAUCCAUGUUCACAACGGAUAUCUCUCGGCUCAAAUUGGUAAAUAUCUGCGGGUUUAAUCGCGCUAGUUCUGCAUGCCAUUCACACUAUUUUCUUUGAGAACUUCUGGGUAGUUAAGGGUACUUCUCUCUCUCAAGUGUAGACUUGUCUUGGUAGCAUGACACAGUUCUUUCUUAGUGGACAAUGAGGUCUGGGCGUUAUGCCCGAUUAUUGCGGUUACUUCAUCUGGCAUCCCGGAAGCAAAUUGCAAUCUCAUACAGCAAGCUUUCGAUCCAUUCAUUCAGCAUGUGUGCUUCACAUUUUCCUUUCUCCGAAACGACAAACGAUCAUCCGGCCGUUGUCCGAGCGUUGGUACCUAACGCUUGUAAAUAGUUUAACACAUCAAUCGCAAUCUGUAAAUAAAAAUAAAAACAUGCAAAUACAUUCAACAGAAAAGCAGGAGAGCUGCAAUGAUCCGAGAGAAUAAUGUGUAACGUGUCUGCAGAUGUCGCUCGCCUCCAAUUCUGCUAAUCUGUGCAGAAUACUGCGUCCCAAAACGACGACAAACCAAAAACAAAAACCGGCUUGAACCGUUAACCAAAUGUCCGUUUUCGUACGGACACAUUAUCUCAUAAAUUCAACUUUGAACCAAUACUGGCCGAGAAUCUUCCAUAGCUUCCCUCGAUCAGUGUGUGCUAUUCAGAGUUUUCUAUUUUGCAAAGAAAAAACCACAAACCAUUUUUCCAGCCCCAAGAACGUCUUUCCGCGAGCGCGAGAUUACAAUGUGUAUUUGAAUCUAUUUAUCCGUCGUGUAUUUAGUUUACGAAGUCUGGUAGGAUUUUAAGCAGCUAAGUUCUAGGUAUCGCUGAACCAAUGAGAGGGAGAGGAACGCGAGCAUUUCUGUACUGUUAAAACGAAAAUUUCAUUGUCGCAAAUAUUACGCAUAUAUCAAUACACACACACACAAGCACAUAAUGCCGGCACGCAUCCCCUCGGAAGAGUGCACCCGUGAAGAUCAAUAGCGCGGGGGAGGUGGCCAACAAUACUAUCGGUGUCUAUCGAGUAACAAUUUUUUGAACAAUAUGAAAAGAGUCAGAGAAAUUGCGUUAAAUUCUAAUCACUCGUUUCAUCCAAUAGAAAACCGCGUAAGAGGAAAAGGGGAGGACAAGAUUAAAGAACAAGGUGAAAAAACAUGUAACUUUCGUUACGAAGAUGUGUUGAAGGGAGUAUUCUGUCGAAACAAGAUCACUGCCAAAACAAAUGACUGAUUAAGUGAUUAAAGUCAAGUGAAGAUGAAAAACAAAACACUUAAGUGGUAAUAUAAACCACCGUAGGAAAUAAGAGCGAAUACAGAAAAAAAACAGGAAAAUGGUGCGCCAAGAAUACGGAAGAAACACGUCGGAUGAAUGGGAGAGCAAUUUCAAUAAUUUGCGCAACAUGUUGUGUUGUUGUUUUAGUGCAGUGUUCAUCGCGCAACCAAAUAUGUUUCACACCAACCCAAACAAACACGUGAUGUAACCAUUUUUCGAACCAACUCAUUUCGAACCUAAAACAAUGAUUUUGACACUGCCAUAAAUUAACAAAAUAGACUAAGUAUAUACUUACAUUUUCAAAAUUAACUAAAUUUAUCCCAAAACAUUUAGGAAAAAGAACAAAACAACAAACAAAUCAAAUUGGUUUCAAUGAAAUCGAGUCAGGGAGGGAAACACCAAAAUAGACAUAUAUGCCACUGCCAUUAUGGAAUAGUAUUCAUUUUGACGGGCAACGGGACGGGAGAAGAGUCGAGUGCUGGCACUCGUUUAUAAUCACAAAUUUAAAGUCACCCAAGUUAGCAAACGCGAGGUAUGCUGCUCUUUUCACGACUCCAUCAUAGGAUUCUGCAUACAAAAUUUCCUGCCGAAACACGAAGAUCAAAGGAAAUGAAUGCACACAUUAGUUUCACUGACAUUUGGACUGAGCUAAAUUUUUUUAUUAAAUAAAAAUUUCGUGGCAAACUGAAUUAAAUUAAUUUUUGUCUGAUACUAGGACUUACUUUUUAAGUAAGAAAAAUUAUAAACAAAAAGUGUGACACGUAACGUGUAGCACAUUGGAUAGACUUUUAGUAUAUUUCUCGAACAUGGCUUCUUUCGUUUUAAAGCAAUUCACUUUUCGUAUCACUAAUUUCAGCGCUAGAUAUGCUGGCGCGUCCAAUAUUCGUCCCACCAUUAUUACCCGGAAGGAGUAAAUGUUCGAGCACAAUUUUAGUUUGAUUUUUUUCCUCUAGCUAACAUGUUCAACCGAUUGGCGCGCGACACCGGAACGGAAAAGGCCAUUUUGCUUGUAAUGAAACUUAAUUUCUUACUCGUUCUGUGUGUGUUUUUUUUUCGUUUUCGCACCAUCGAUUGUGCUGCUUUCAUACUCUUAGUUUGUUUAGCUCGUAAUUUACUAGCCGGUACCUCUAGUGUAAAAUAUUUUCCUUCUCUAGAAUAUAUGUGUACAAUGUAAGACUUGUAGUAAAUGUUAAAUUGUAAUUAUUUCUUAACGCAGUAAUAAUAUUUUUAAUGGUAUACAAUAAUACAAGUGCUGAAAAUAUUCUCAAA